AUGUUUGUCUAAGAGACAUUUCAAAAGGUUGAUAUAACUAUUUCUUGCCGUAGUUUAAAAGAUGCAGAUGUUUUUUCCAAGAGUGAUCCAUUAGUUGUUGUUAGAAUGAAGAAUACACAAAAUGGAAGCUGGUAUGAAAUAGGAAGGACUGAGACAAUUUAAAAUAAUUUAAAUCCAAAUUUUAAACGCAGUUUGCAAUUAGAUUAUAUGUUUGAAUAAAAGCAAGAAUUACACCUAUAGGUUUUAGAUAGUGACGGAAGCAGCUUUGAUCACUUAGGAGAAGCAUUUACUACAUUAGGAGCUAUUGUAGGAGCAAAAAAUAACACUUUAAUCUUAGAUUUAACAGAUUAAAAGACUAAAAAAAAAAUUAAUAAAUCUAAAAUUAUUCUCAUCGCUGAAAAAAUAAACGAUUGCAAUAAUGUAAUUUUUACAUAGUGGAGAGGAGUAAAAUUAAUGAAUACUGAUGGAUGGUUUGAUAAGAGUGAUCCUUUCUUAAGAUUCAAAAGAAUAAGAGAAGACAACACAGAAGUUUUAAUUCAUGAAACAGAAAAAAUUAUGGAUAACUUGAACCCAAUCUGGAAGCCUUUUGAAUUGCCUUUAAAUAGACUCUGUAAUGGAGAUCAUUUAAGGCCCAUCAAAGUAGAAUGCUGGGAUUGGGAAAAAAGCUAGAAGCAUUAAUUUAUUGGAGAAUUUACUUUUACAAUUGACUAGCUAAAUAGCGGAAAAAAGGAGUUCGAUCUAAAAAAUCCUAAAUCAAAAAAACCUGGAAAAAUAGAAUUAACAAGUUACAGGUUUAUAGAAAGACCAAGCUUUUUAGAAUACAUCAGAGGUAAUACUUAGCUCAAUUUAGUUGUGUGUGUAGAUUUCACAGCUUCAAAUGGCGCAGUGAGCACUCCUUAAUCCCUUCAUUAUUAAAACCCAUAAGUCAUGAAUGCCUACUAGCAAGCUAUAUACUCUGUAGGGGAAAUUCUUUUAGAUUAUGAUUUUGAUAAAAAAGUUCCAUGCUAUGGGUUUGGUGGUGUUCCAAGAUAUCCAACUUUAACUUUUCCAAGUGCUUAACAUUGCUUCCCCAUGAGCGGAAAUCCACAAAAUAGUGAAGCUUUCGGAUUAGGUGAAAUCAUGAAUUUAUAUAAUUAUUCUUUGCAGCAUGUCAGCUUAAGCGGUCCAACAUUGUUUAAUCCCAUUCUUCAAGAAACAAUUUAGAUAGCUUAAAUGUGUAAAAAUUAAGGUUCAAUUGUCUAUACUAUCAUGCUAAUAUUAACUGAUGGUGAAAUCCAUGAUAUGAAUGAAACUAUUGAUUCACUUGUCUAUGCCUCCAAUCUUCCUCUAUCUGUAAUUAUUGUAGGUAUUGGUAAUGCAGAUUUUGCAAAUAUGGAGCGUUUGGAUGGAGACGAUAGUGGUUUAGUUAACUCAAAAGGAUAAAGGGCUACUCGUGAUAUUGUGUAAUUUGUCCCUUUUAGAAACUACAAAGGAAAUGGAUAAGCCCUCUGCAAAGAAGUUCUUGCAGAAAUUCCAUAAUAACUAGUAUCUUAUAUGACCUAAAUGGGUAUAAGACCAUAACCAGCACCAGCAAUAAACUAAACUUAAAUUCAUAUGAAUCAAAGUGCAUAUCCAUAAAACAAUAUGCAAUAAUAACCACUAUAAAAUUUGGCCUAAAAUAUGAAUGCAUUCCUUUAGCCUCACAUAUAGUCAGUCGAGUAAUAGCAGCAAAUUAUGUAAUUGACAGGUUAAAACUUUUAGUAUCCUCCACCUCCUCCAGCAAAUGACUAAUAACAAUAUGGUUAAUAUCCUGUACUUAACAAUUAACCAAAUUAGUAACCAAAUCUACAAUAUCAAUAACCACCAUAACACGCUUAGUAAUAAGGGAUAAUGUCUCAAUCUAUGAAUUACAAUAACCCUAACAUAAAUCAAGGACUUCCUCCUUAAAAUAUGAUGAAUUAUACUAUGCAACACAAACCAAAUUGA